AUGUCCUUGCUAGAACCAGACCAGGCAGUGCCCGACUUCCCACAAAACCAUGCUUCAGACUUCGUCACCGAGUUCUACGCUAUCCGUUUUGCGUCUUCGAAUGCCCGCCAAAUGGCCCGCCAUUUGGAGUUGGCUUUUGAUUUCCGGGAAAUCGCCUACCGCGGCUUGGAAACCGGCGCCUUGUCGGUGGCCAGCCACGUUUUGCAAUGCAAUGACAUUGUGAUGGAAUUCAUGAACCCACUUGACUGCCCUGUCCCGGAAUCCCGCCGCUUGUGCAUCCUGCCGCCAUCGUCACCCCUUCUCUCGGCCACCGAGGCCUUGCUCCAUGAUCACCCCCAAAGUUCGGCCGUGGCAGAACUGUGCUUGCAGUCUCCCAAAGUACGCAAACACGUUUCUCUGUACCUCAGCCAUGACAAGUCGGUGGCGGCCACCCGGCAGGUGCUCUUUGACCAUACAACAGCCUCGUUCUUGGCUGAUUUCAUCAACCUCCACGGCUUGGGUGUGUGUGACAUUCUCUUCAAAGUGACAGAUGUCAAGGCUCUUUUCCAGCACUCGGUGGAAAACGGCGCCGUUCCCGUAAACCUGCCAAGAACCGAGACUGACCAAAACGGCUCUGUGAUCACAGCCACCAUUGCGCUCCCUACAGCAGACCUACACCACACGUUUGUGCAAGUUUUGGACUACACGGGAAAAUACUUACCGGGAUACGGAGGGCCCAGCACACGUGCCAUCUCCAGUCUAUACUGUGGUAUACACCUCCAGGCCAUUGACCAUUGUGUGCUCAACUACUCGUGGAACCAAAUGACGCCAAACGCCACCUUUUAUGCCCUGGCCCUCGGGUUCCAUAAAUUCUGGUCCGUGGAUGAUAAAGACGUGUCAACUGGAAACACCGGGCUUCGCCUGAUGGUCAUGACCAACAAAAACGGAAAUGUCAAGAUUCCCAUCAACGAGCCUGCAAAAGUUAAACUAAAAGGGCAGAUCGAAGAAUUUUAUGAUUUCUAUGGCGGGCCAGGCGUACAGCAUGUGGCACUUAGGUCCACAGACAUCUUGAACGAUGUUCUGUUCCUACGCUCGAGAGGCUUGGAAUUCAACACCAUCAGCGACGAGUACUACCGCAUCUUGAAAAAGAGGCUCGAUGAUCACCAAAUUACACUUGCGGAGAGUUUCUCAGCUUUGCGAGAAAACCACAUUUUGGUGGACUUCGACCCCGAAAGUAAGAUGGAGAGGUCUGACGGCUCAUUUUCGUGCUUCUACAUCCUCCAGAUUUUCAGCAAGCCCUUGCAUGACCGUCCCACCUUCUUCUUUGAGUUUAUCCAGCGGCACGAGCACGAUGGUUUCGGUAAAGGAACAUUCAAAGGGCUUUUUGAGUCGAUAGAGAGAGAGCAGGAGCUACGUGGUACAUUGGGCACUACCCACUCUGAGGUUGCUAACCAAGUCUAG